GUGUUGUCUGUUGUUCCUCCUAAACCACGCGGCGCACUGGGUCCAUCUGUGAGUUUGUCUGAUUGGGAUUUUGACACGUUAAAGGUGGCUGCACGAGUUCCCUCUGUAUUGCAAACAGUUGCUUCAGCGGUUGCUAUGCAUUGGAGUCUGUUUUCUACUGAUGAUGAGAUGCAAAAAUGGGCGCAACUGACAGCGGUGGUGGAGAAUAACUACAGGCCGAAUCCUUACCAUAAUGCGGCGCAUGCGGCAGAUGUUUUGCAGGGUGUGUUUGCUCUCGUAACGGCUGCUCAGCCGUUAAUGGAGAAGAUGACACUGUUGGAACGAAAAGCCACUGCGUUUGCUGCCAUGACACAUGAUGUUCGCCACCCAGGCCGAACGAAUGCGUUUCUGGCCGCUGUGCACGAUCCUGUAAGUUUUCGCUACUGUGGACGAGGUACGUUGGAGCAACUACACACUGCAACGGCGUUUGAAUUGCUGACAGUACCUGAGCUUGAUAUUACCAGUACGAUGGACGAUACCUCAUUUCUGGAGUUUAAAAACAUUGUAACGCGACUCAUCGCGCACACAGAUAUGAGUGUACAUCGUGAGAGCAUGCUACGAUGGGGAGCUAAGGUUGGCAGUGGUGGUUUUGACUGCACCUCGUCGGAAGAUCGAAUUGAGGCGCUCUCCCUCAUUCUCCACGCAGCUGACAUUGGUGCCAGUUCACGUGGUUUGACCAUAGCAAAGAAGUGGCUAGUAGUACUAGAUGAGUUUGCGGAGCAGGCGGAGGAUGAGCGGCGACGUGGGUUGCCGGUGACACCUGGCUUUGACCGUCCAUCGUCGGUGGAACGAUCACAAAUUCCUUUUCUGGAUUACUUUGUCAUUCCCACGUUUGAUCUUCUUCAUCAGUUAUUUCCCACCAUUGAGGAGCCUCUGCGACACCUACGUGCGUUGCGAGAGUCCUAUGCUGCUACUGCUGGUGUUACCACUCCAUUUCCAGCCCCAGUGGACUACACAAACCGUAGUGCGAAGGUAAAGGAACUGGAGUCCUGCAUUGCAGAGUUUCGUAAGCGUGAAGAAGA